AUGGAUAAAUUCGUGGUUCCAGGAGUCCCGGCGGUUCCUGGGCCGCCAGAGCUUCCCUACUCACUCAGGUCGCGGAAACGAUCCAUUGCUAUAUUCUGGACGCUCUUUGUCAUCGAUACUCUAGUCCAGCCGUUGGUCCUUUACUUUACCUUAUGGUACUGCACCAGUCUAUCACACAACUUGGUGUUCACCAUAAGCACCGCCGCGCUGGGAGGAGUCGCAGUUGUAGAAUACUUCUAUCGAUUCUAUAACUUGUAUAGAAAGGGCUCAAAAGUGAGACCUUUGAAUGCAAGGCGGUCAUGGCUUGAUUUCUUCCAAGUGAACUUUACCAUAGUAUGGCUCAUCCUCGCAGUAGAGCUAAUCAUAGGAACCGUUCAAGAAGAACCUUAUAUCCGCCUUCUCGCCAUGCCGCUACCGACAGUGAUGUUCUAUUUCGGUUUUGUUCAUUUAACACUCGAUUUCCUUCGUGCACAAGGCUACCGAGCCCCCUUCCGCAUAUCGUCGACGCCCAAAGGUUAUGUUAUGCCUACUGCCUUAUACGUCCUGAUUGAGGACGUUGUUGCCGUGGAUGGCGGAGGUGGCCAGAUAUACCGGAGGGCCCUUCGUGACAGAUACCUCUCCAGCCCGUACUUCAGGCAAAUGCUUUUCGAAAUGAACUGCUUCUGGGGUGGUGGAUCAGUUGUCUGCGCAGCUAUAAUAACCGCAUUGGUUUUCACUACACCGAGAGAUGUAGCCUACACCGUAAGUACCCUUAACUAA